ACACAGACUGACGAUGAUGUGGCAUCAUGGACCGGCACGACCAAUCGCCAGAAGCUUGUGGACUAACAGUGUCGAAACCGCUACAAGAUGAUGACCAGACUUCACCUAAUCGCAGAGAACACCGUUCUAUUUCACGGACGUGCUCAUCAGACGUAUUGGAUAAUCUAAGAUUUGUCAGCGAUGCAUCUGAAUAUACGGACUCAUGGGCGGGAAGCACUCCCGCAAGAACUCCUAGGAGGUUAAGUUUUGGAAUAGAUUCAGAUUCGUUGCUUAAUAGUUCAGUAAACAAUUCAGAACGUUCUACAUCGCAUAGUGAAGAUACUAGUCCAAUCAAUAGUACAGCUACUAGAGUAUCGGAAACUAGAAACUUAUUGGACGCGGAGACUGUUAUAUCGCCCCUUACUAGGAUAUCGAGACUUACAAAGGCGCCGAGGGGUUCCAAGGCAAAAUGCAAACAGCUGCUGUUGGACGGUGGCGAGACUUGGAAGUCCCUGGAGCCAAUAAGGAAACGGGGUACUAAAAAGGAAACCCGGAGGAAAGAUGCUAAUGGAGUGACUCUGCCUAUAAAUUUUAAACCUCCUACUGAUAACGCAGUUCCAUUCUGGUUAUCAGCACCAAAGGACGUCAAGGAUAUCAGCCCUUAUGUCAAGAAAAUAUGCUCGAGAAUAUCAAACAUUGAAAAGCACAUGCGCAACUUUGAAUCUGAACGUCAGACUCUGUUGAACGCUUUAUACCAGAUAAACACUCCACAAAGGCAAACUAUGUUUCCGGGGUCGUUCAACGCUGAUGAGGAGACAACCGUUACAGUCAAUGGAGAUCACCGUAUGGAUGAGCCUGAUUCAAACCCACCAAGCGAUGUUGCGCAGAACAGUGUCGAGCCAUCAGGCACAGAUAGAGCCGAUCAUGAAGGAACGAGCGACGAAAAAGUGGUAGCUACUACUCCAGAAAGGAGCUAUGGUCCUUUAUUGUGCAAACGUAGGGAUGAUGUAAUAUCAAGCCAGACUAUACUGGUUCCCUCAAGAGCAUCUCCUACAAAUGCUGGUGUAAUACAAGAUACAGAUGCAUUAAAUAAGGAUGAUCCGCCAACCCGCUCUCAUUCAUGUCCAAUACAGGAUUCUGAAGAUAUCAAGGAGCCAUCAAUAACCGCUACUGGUAUCAUACACGACUCUGAUGGCACCACCGAUGUCAAUAACCCAGUUGACACAGAGAGUAAACAAAGUGAAAAUAUCGCAUCAUUGAACAACAGUGUAGAAGUCAUCGUUAUAGAUGACGAAGAUAGUGUUACCCCAAGGGGUAAGGAUCCCGCGAAACAAGACGAAGAGUUCCACAAUUGUGAGCCCACUUCAUCAAUGGAAACAUGCGCGGAGCAAUUGACGGUCGACUUUUACGUACAUAGCACCCAGUUGGAUGAAGAUAUUGGGAACCUGGCAUCCAUACAACUGGAAUCUAACGUUCCUGAUUAUAACACGGAUGUACCAAACCCGUCAACAUCAGGUAGCAAGCUACCACUGUGGAGAUCAUGUUGGCUGCAAAGUGAAGAUUCAAAGGCUGCUAGCCCAGGAUAUCGCUCUAACAGAAAGCGUAAAGUUCAUUCGCCCAAAACAAGAGAUGAGCGCAGGGUAUCAAUUGACCAUAGUGAACAAAGCCUAGCAGAGAAUGCACAACCUGCUACCACCAGAGCCAAUGACACGUUAAAUAUAUUCUGGGACAUGGAUUUCAGAAAUGCUUCGCAGUCUAACCUUCUCAAGUGGGUACGCUUCUUCGGCGUGAAGACCUCCGGCUCUAGUAAUGCACUGGCCAUGGAAUUGGAAAAGAUACGCGCCUACUUGUUAAAUUAUUGUCCAAAGUGACCGUAACAUAACCCUA